AAAACCCACGUGGUGUAAAUUUAAAUAACAAUAACGUUAGUAGGGGUGCCCAAGAUAUGACGCAAAUGUCCUAAAAUAUACUUUGUUUACACAUACCGGCCGAUACUCAGAGUGUGGUGAUAUUUUAACUUUGUAACAUACCGGUCGAUAUUCAGAGUGUGGUUCUAUAUUCUAACUUUGUAUCACAUUCUGGCCGACAUUCAGAGUGUGGUUUUAAUACAGUCAUUGAGCUUAUUCACGCACAUCCAAAUCGUGAUGAGAUUGAUGUUGUAGAUAAGACGCGCUUAUGCACAUACUGUACACAGACCUUUUUUACGGGGAUUUUUAACUCGGCAAACCAAACUGCACCACUGGGAAAUGCAAGGCCGGGUUGAUGUGAAUAAACAGUACAUGUAAUUCAUAAAACCUUUAAAAAAAAAUCAGAAAUGUACCAAAGUAAAGGGACGGGGCAGCAUUACAUUGAGUGUGACACGUGCACCGACUAUAGUCAGUUUUACUGCAACUCCUGUCACCAGCGAAUGUGUAAGGAGCACAGGGACAUCCAUCUUAAGGAAAACGAAAAUAAAGAUGAAGAACAUGUGGUAGUUCUCUACCAAGACAGAACAAAAGAAUUACCUGAAGAAAAAUGCAAGAUCCACCCCCAAAAAAUCAUAGAUCUUAACUGUAGUGAUUGUGAAGUCGUUCUUUGUUCUAAAUGUUUUACCCAGAAACACAAUGGUCAUACGGUACAAGACUUAGAAAUUGUCUACAAUGAAAUUUUACAAAAAUGUCGGAAAAGGAUGAUUCAUAUCCGAGACGCCAUCAUCCCACAAGCCAUGGGAAAUCUACAGAAACAGAAAGAAAGCGUAGACGUUGUAAAGAGAGAAACUGCAGAAUUGAGAUUGUCCAUGAAGAGGCACGCUGAUGCGAUCAAGGCAGCAGUGGAUGCCAUAAUAGCAGAUAAUAAUGCCCAGGUGGAUGAAAUCGAGAAAUCCAUCGUCGAUGACAUGGAAGAAGAGAUAAAGGAAACUAAAGACUACGUUUCCCGUCUACAGGAGUUGGAGGGAAACAUGAAUGUAGGAAUGGCAUUAGCAAAACCUACUGAAUUAAUGAGCUUACACAAGGAAUUGACCAAAGCAAAGACAACACCUUCGGCUGAAACUUCACGAACAAAAUUACCGGUCUUUAUGAAAGGCAAAUUCAGUAGAAAAGACCUGGAGAUACAGUUUGGAGAACUCCGUCUAGAAAAUGAGGUUACAGUAGAAAAGCAACCUAUACAAGAUUGCAGUUUCACUAAACCGACGACAAUACCGGUUAAUUUACAUCUUGCAAGUUCAGUAACAAAGGCCGAGGUCACUGCUCCAUCCAUUCUGAAAAAUGUUUAUCAUCUAUCUUUUUCAACAUCAGGACAUUUCCUGGCCAGUGAUAACAAGGGAAAUCUCAUUGAGUUUGACAGAGAGGGAAAUCAGCUGCAGAAGAUAUCUACCAGCAGAAAUACCACAGGAUACCACACAGGGACUGCGGAGGGAGAAUGGCUAUACACAGAUUACAACAAAAAAGCACUGUACAGAGUAGAUAGGGACAAGGCCAUCACAAAGCUUAUUGCAACAGGAGACUGGGUACCAGAGUCCAUCUAUUCCUCUCACAGUAAUGGGGACAUUCUGGUGGCGAUGAAUAGAAAUAAAGAAUGGAAGGUGACCAGAUAUAGCAAGGGUGGAGAGGAACUCCAGGACAUUCAGUUCGGUGGCAGAGCACAAGCUCUAUACCAUAGCAUAAACUUUAUCACUGAGAAUAUCAACGGCGACAUUUGUGCCUCAGAUUUCAUUACCCAUAAGGUAGUGGUAGUGACCAGAUCUGGGCAAUAUCGAUUCUUUUACUCUGGUCAUCGGUCACAAAAUGAAUUUUGGCCCUUCGGAAUCUGCACCGACGUCCUUGGAAAUAUCUUGGUGUGCAAUGGCCGUUUAGAAGACUUCUAUAAUUGCUCCAGUGUCCACCUGCUGGAUCAGGAUGGUCAGUUUCUGUCUCUUCUCCUCACACCGAAACAUUGUCCACCGCGUCCCCGUGCAAUCUGUGUGGAUGAUCAACACAACCUCUGGAUAGGUUGUCAGAACAGUUCUACAAUCUGUGUGUACACAUAUCUUCACAAUAAAGACAGGUAAAAAUAGAACAGUACUACAAUCUGUGUGUACACAUAUCUUCACAAUAAAGACAGGUAAAAAUAGAACAGUACUACAAUCUGUGUGUACACAUAUCUUCACAAUAAAGACAGGUGAAAAUAGAACAGUAUUACAAUCUGUGUGUACACAUAUCGUCACAAUAAAGACAGGUAAAAAUAGAACAGUACUACAAUCUGUGUGUACACAUAUCUUCACAAUAAAGACAGGUAAAAAUAGAACAGUACUACAAUCUGUGUGUACACAUAUCUUCACAAUAAAGACAGGUAAAAAUAGAACAGUACUACAAUCUGUGUGUACACAUAUCUUCACAAUAAAGACAGGUGAAAAUAGAACAGUUCUACAAUCUGUGUGUACACAUAUCUUCACAAUAAAGACAGGUAAAAAUAGAACAGUUCUACAAUCUGUGUGUACACAUAUCUUCACAAUAAAGACAGGUAAAAAUAGAACAGUUCUACAAUCUGUGUGUACACAUAUCGUCACAAUAAAGACAGGUAAAAAUAGAACAGUACUACAAUCUGUGUGUACACAUAUCUUCACAAUAAAGACAGGUAAAAAUAGAACAGUUCUACAAUCUGUGUGUACACAUAUCUUCACAAUAAAGACAGGUAAAAAUAGAACAGUUCUACAAUCUGUGUGUACACAUAUCUUCACAAUAAAGACAGGUAAAAAUAGAACAGUUCUACAAUCUGUGUGUACACAUAUCGUCACAAUAAAGACAGGUAAAAAUAGAACAGUACUACAAUCUGUGUGUACACAUAUCUUCACAAUAAAGACAGGUAAAAAUAGAACAGUAGUACAAUCUGUGUGUACACAUAUCUUCACAAUAAAGACAGGUAAAAAUAGAAUCUACCAUGGAAGAUGUAACGUGAAUUCAACUCAAGGUUCCUCAAGGUCAUUAACAAUUUAUAUACAAACAUAUACCUUUUAAAGAAACUCGAAUUCAGUUUAAAAAGUGAAAUGAAUGACGAAAGAUGUGCAUAAUGGCAAGUACCUACGAGAAAAAGCAUUACGGUUCAAAUCGGAGGAUGACAGGGCUAUCUACAAAGCGAGCAGAAAUUAUGUCACACUACAUGCAGAUCAGCGAAGCGAAACGGAGCUUUGUGGAAGAGGCAAUCGAUUAAUGUACCGUUCGGCCAAAGGACGGGGUCCCGACUGAAGCAAUGUUUAUCAUCAAAAUAUAAUUCGACAGCAUGUGCACAUCUACAAACUGACAACGAUACCGGGUUGUCUGUAAAACUCAGGGUAGUCCCACUGUACAAAGCAGGUGGUGAGCAUUUGGUAAUUACUUAUAGACCAGUUUCUAUUUUACCAGUUGUCAGUAAGAUUACCGAACGAUAUGUUUUUAAUUCUUUUAAUGAAUAUUUAUCCACAAACAAGUUAUUACGGAUUGUUGAUCAGGAUAUUUAGGACAAGUCAUUCAUGUGAGAUAACGUUGAAUGGUCUUACUGAUAAAUGCUUUAAAAUAUGGACGAUGGAAAUCUUACAAGGGUUCUGUUUAGAGAUUUGUGUAAAACCUUUGAUAUUGUCAGUCAUGAAGUUCUUUUGCACAAACUUAUGUCUUUUGGAAUUUGCCACAACAAUUUUAAAUGGUUUCAUUCAUAGCAAUGUGUCAGCUGGAAAGGUGUAUCAGCUACAGAAAAAGUAUGUCUUUAGGUGUUCCUCAGGGGUCAAUUUUAGGACUAUUUUUUUUUUUUAUAUUUUGUACACAAUUAUCCAAAAUAUGUAAAUAUUCUUCAGUUACAAUGUAUGCAGACGACACUUUACAUGACAUUAGUGAUAAAUCUAAAUUGAUGUAAUUGAAUCAAAACUGCAAGAGGAUUUUAAGGUAAGUGUAGAGGGGAUGCUUAAAGAUAAACUUAACAUCAAUAUCAAA